UGAUUAUUGAUUGAUUUUCACUUUAGUUUUCAGAAGUUAAUUAUGGCUACUGAGGGAGACCCAACUGACUUUAUGAAAGUGCUUCACCUCCUGGUGAUUUCGUUCACCUGGGGAAUGCAGGUGUGGGUGUCUUUUAUAGCAGGUUUUGUGCUGAUCUCCCAGGUAUCCAUGCACACGUUCGGUCUCGUGCAAAGCAAGCUGUUCCCGUUUUAUUUUUACUGUGUGCUUGGCGGUAAUGCAGUCAGUCUGGCCAUAUAUGCCGUGUACCAUCCCAGAGAACUGCUGGACUGGCAUGAGGGCAUACAGAUGAGUCUGUUCUUUGUGGCCGUGAUCAUGGCCGGUCUGAACGCACAGUGGUUCGGUCCGUCUGCCACAGAGAGCAUGCUGGUCAUGCAGGAGAUCGAGAAGGAGCAUGGGCUGGGGGCUCAGGUGGGUAUGAGCUCUAAUAAGGAAGGAUACGUCAAACUGCGUGAGCAGGACCCCAAAUACAAGGAGCACAGAUCCACCUUCUACCACUACCAUGGUCUGUCUAACCUCUGUAACCUCAUAGGCUUUGUCUCCACCACCAUCAAUCUCAUUUACCUGGCCCUCCAUUUGGGAUCUAUAUGAGUAUGAGAGAGUACAGACAGACAGAUAUGUUUAUAUGAAUUAUCCUGUGUCUGUUCGCUUUUAUUUUG